UGCGGGGGCGGAGCUCCCUCCGAGCCUCCCCGGCUAGCGACGGCCGGGCCGGGCCCCGGAGUGGUCUCCUGGGGGGCGCCGAGAGAACUCGGGCCUGGGGACCCGGGACAAACCCCUCCUCCGUGGCCUCGGCUCCCUCCGCGGGGCCAUCGCGCCCCCGCCUCCCGAGGCGUCCGAGGAGCAAGAGCCGCGUCGCUGCCUACGCCCCCCCCCCGCCCCGCCCCCUCUGUCCUUCCGGGGCAUCCGGAGCGGGGUCAGAUCGCGGGGAAUCGGCCGCCCCCUCCGAGGGGCCUCCCUGACUCCUGAGGUCUCUCCAGCGCUGAGUCCCACGGCUUUGUGUUUGGAGGCAAAGCUCGGAGCCCCCGGGGCCGCACAGCGGCGCUUCCGACCUGCAGGCUCUGAAUGAAUGAGUAAAACACUCAUGAAGCGCCCCCUGUGUACCAAGCGCGGGCGGGCACACACAAAACUCCCACGGCCCCUGUGGGCGAGGAGCCGACAUUCGAGAAUUCUGCACGCCCCCGGGAGCUAAAGAGCUAGGGUUCUGGACAGUUCCUCGGACAAGCGGGAGGGGAAGGAGGGCCGGGUAGUGAGAGUGCGUUGUUCUGCUAGCCAGUUGUGAUCCGGUUCCGAAGCCCCUUGGAGCCGGUUCUUAGACACCUGCGCUUUUGGAGACCCCCAGAGACUGAGGCUCGGCUCCAGGCCGUGAGACCCCGAGCACAUCUCGUAACCGUUCUGAGCCCCUUUUCUGAGCGGCAGCGAUCAUAAUUCCCCCUGCUCCCCCUCCCUCACACGGACGUCGGGAGGAUCCGUGAGGUGUUCAGUAAAGGGCUGCUAUUUUAUUGCAAGGGACGGCUUGAAGGUUGGGUGAGGGAUGGGGAGGGGAGACUAUGUUUGGAAAGAAAAAGGAGAGGCAAAAACGAAGGUAUCGGUGAAGAGCCCCAACCCCCCAAAUGUCAGCGGUUAUUGCUAAGUGUUCCUGUCAUUCGGCACGGGACAAGACCUUAGAACCACCUAACAGGCCGCCCUCAUCCUUAAAAAAAAGUUACUGACAGUUUUUGUUCUUACGGCACCUUCGUUUCCAAAUAGAGCCCUCCCCAGAGCGCCACCCUGUCAACAGAAAAUAGGGGGGGGGGGGCGGGAAGCAGCGCGGCAUCAGACCUGCUGGCCCUCCCGCCCCCGUCCCCAUCUCUGCAAAGAAGAGGAGGAGGGAGAUUUUUCGUCUCUUCUUCAGGACAAGAAGGAUCCUUUCAGCCAGGCAGCAGUCUGGUUGUUUUUGACCUUUGUUUUGUGGUUCCUUCCAUCUAUAUUGAGGCCGUUGUGUGUUUCCUGCUGUCCUCCCCGUUUUUUAGAGGAGGAAGUGGAGGCAGGGAGGGAUUUGCCCAAGGUCACACAGCUGGUGAAUGGCAGAGCCAGGAUUGCCGCCAAGGCUGGCAGCGAGUGCUCUCUCUCCCCUGCACCGGGCUUCCCGGAGAUUACAAGGGGAGCACUGCCUACCACAGGCCAGUGCUUUGUCAUUGAAGGCGUCACCCAGAACGUCUCCACUCCUCGAGGAGAUCCGUGGCUUCGCCAGGCCGGGCCCUGCUUCCCUCGGCGGGCGAAUGAUGCUCUGGCUAGUGAUGUGCCGCGGCCAGCCCGCCCUUCUGUUACAUGGUUUACAAAGCGCUUUCCUGGAAACAGCCUUUCGAGGUGAUUCUCGAGAGCCGUGGCUGUGUGACUCCCGAGGACUUUAAGGAGGUGUUGUCUGAGCUGGAAUUGGAGGUCCAGCGGAGGAAGCAGAUGAUCCAGAAGGCCGAGGAGAGGAAAGCCAUCAUUGCCCAGCUCUACAAGCCAGUGCAGCCCCGGGUGUACACCUUACGGGAGCCGUUUCUGGCCCCCGAGUUUGUGGCGGCUGCUAAGUACAGCUUGACCCCGAAUGCAAACCUUUCCGGCCUCUUGCGGUACAUUGAGGUCAUAUCAGAUGAGAAGAAGAUUUACCGGCUGCAGAUCUUUACCAAGGACUAUUGCCGCAUGCUGCUGCAGGAGCUGGAACAUUUUGAGCAGUCGGACAUGCCCAAGGGACGACCCAAUACCAUGAACAACCACGGGGUCCUGCUGCACGAGCUGGGUUUGGACGAGCCCCUGGUGACGCCCUUGCGGGAGCAGUACCUACAGCCCCUCACCGCCCUCCUGUACCCCGACUACGGAGGGGGCCGCCUGGACAGCCACCGGGCCUUCGUGGUGAAGUACUCCCUGGACGGCGACGUGGACCUCAGCUACCACUACGACAAUGCUGAGAUCACCCUCAACAUCUCACUGGGCAGGCAGUUCGCUGAGGGCAACCUGGUGUUUGGAGAUUAUUAUGAGGUGCCGAAAGAUGAGAUGAGUUACCUCGAGUUGCCGAACCUGCCCACCUACGGGGUGCUGCAUCGGGGUGGUCAGUUGCACGGGGCCCUGCCCUUGGAGUCCGGGGAGCGCUGGAACCUUAUCAUCUGGAUGAGGGCCUCUGUCAUCCGCAACCUGAUGUGUCCCAUGUGCAAGAAGCCACCACAGCUGGUGGAGGACGAGGGCUACGGGGACGGCUUCACCCUGGAGGAAGGGGACCCCCAAACUGUGGGUCUUUGUACCUUGACUUGAGUCCCCCCCUCUCCUGCCCUGUGGCCCAUCAGCUCUGGCGGCCCCUUCUGGGUAUCCUUGAUAGCCCAGUCCCAAGCAGGGUGGGGAGCCCCCCGAGGACUCCUCCUCAAAUGUGGUCCUUGAUAUUCAGUGAGGAUUGGAAAGGGGCCUGGAAAAAGGUCCACCCAUUACUCCUCAGAAGGUCUCCCUAAGGGUUCCUGCCUUAGGAAAGAAGAGCAAGAUACGGAUGGGAUUGCAGUUGUGAUGGAUGGGACAAUAAAACAUGACUGCUUGACUCCCUGAGCUCCUUAAGGCCUCAUAAGAACCCCAUCUGCCCCAAGUGGAGCUGCCAGGCUUUGGGGAGUCAUUCUGUACCACCCUGCUCGGCCCUGGGGGUCAGGGCCAGUGCCCACAUCCAGGAUUGCUCCAUCUUUGCAAUAUCUCGCCCUAGUUCCCGGCCUCCAGUCCCGUUUGUCACAGGUUGGGGUCCCCACUCCAGGGAGGCGACUCAGGCUGGGUGAGAAAGGCAGCUUGCUGUUCCCCUCCCUUGUUAGCAGGCCUGUGCCAGGCCAAGACCUCGUCACAAUUGUUCCAGGAGCCUCGGGGAUCCAGUUUGCUUUUCCCUUCCUCCAACAUCCAGUCCACCUUACUGACUUUUCUCUUGUUUCCUCCCUCAUUUUUAUUGAGGAAGCUAAGCCUGGUAGGGGUUAAUUAACUUAUCCAGGAUCUCCCAGUUUUGGGUAUGCCAGACAGGGCACCUGCUGCCCCAGUGACGACCCGGUAAGGUGGCACAUCAGUCCCUCCAUCCAGACCGGUUCAGUCCGAUCUAAUGCAACAUUAAGGGGACAUCUGUUGUUAAGUCGCAGCCUGGAAGACUGAAAAGGGAGGAAGGUGCCAGAUUCUAGAGAGUCUUAGAUCCUUGACCCAGGAGUCUGCUGUUCAGGGCCUCCCUGAGGCAGAAGGAGAAAAAAAGAAACCAGCCUCCUCCUUCGGGAGAUUUUAGCUGAACUUAAAGAAUCUUAUUUAUUCUCUACUGGGGGCAGGCUCUGGGGAUGCAAAGACAGAUAGAAACUCCCUGCCCUCCGGGAGCUUACCUUUUGUUGGGUGUGUGACACAGAUGAGGAGGUAGUAUAGUCAAGAAAUAGUACUGACGGAGCAUAAACAAAGGCUUUUGUGGGAGAGAGGGCCAGAGGAGCUCAUUACCCAGGAGGAGGCCAGAACCACAGUGAGCCCAUUACCAAGUGUAAUGUGAGCAUUGGUAGAGAUUUAAAUCAGGGGCUACAAAAAGUCCCAAGAUGCUUUAUAAAAUCCUGAAGCCCUAGCACCUGGGAAGGUAGGGUGGUGCUGGUUCAGAGAAAGUCUUGGAUGCUGAGUGAAUGAAUGAAAGGCUUGGAGCCUCGAUGAGUGAAAUUCCAUUUGCAGGGUGUGAAGGACGGACUGGAGAGUGAAGAGGCUCUUGUCACAAGGAAGACGGCAGGCAAUGAGAGCAGAGCUAUGGCUGUGGGAGGAGUGGAAAGGACGCUGGGUGGGAGAGGAGAGCCUUGGCCCCAAGUUGUCAUGGCUCAUCCUAGAUAGAGUGACUGUUACUCCCCUCAGUCCAGACACAGGUCCUAGGAGCUUUCUCCUCCCUGAAUAACUUGGAAAGUCCCUGCUCCCUAUUUUUAACCAGAUGGCGUCAUAGGUAAUGGUGUCCAAAAUGGGACCUACUCAGUGGGAUCCCCUCUUCAAUAAACUCUUUAAGAUUA